AUGUCCAAAGCUGACAUUGCACAGCUAGCGCAAUUUCUCUCCGUCUUGCUUCGCUCCAGUUCGGUCGUAACAAAUCAGAUCAUGGACAUCGAUGAAAGCCAGUUCUUGACAGCCAUCCUUGCGACAGGGGAGAGCUAUUUCCUUCGCAUACUGAUAGCCGAUGUGGUCCGAGAGCUACUCUUCAAAGGGGCAGAAAGGGAGCCUCUUAAGAAAUCAUGCAGUCGGCCCGGCAUUGUGGAUGACUUCCCCCUUUCUCAGAACGGCGAUUCGGUCUGGUUGAGCAAAAUCAUCGACCACCUCAGCGGAAAUGAUGUUGCAAGAGCGUUUAUUGGACAGGCUGAGCGUAUCUUCCGAGUACAACGCCUUGAAUGUGACGGAAACGAGUACUUCGAGAGUCCCUCCUCAUUCAUCGCAACCGUGUCGCGCGAGAUCUCGUUUCUAAUACCCAACGGAGUGGAUAUGCUCACAUUAUUCUCUGUCCCUGUUUCGAAAAGUAUCUCCCUCAAUCGCCCAGCAUCGGAGCCCGAACCAUCGACGGUCCUUGAAAUCCGAUAUUCUGGGGUUGAGGGAGACAAGUUCAUCAACGGGACCAAAGGUGCAAUAAAUACCCUCGCCAUAACUCUAUGUGAUGAGAAUGCGGUGGAAGACUUCAUUCGAAUAGUCAAGGAGCAGCAGCAUCACAAUGUGCCCGAUGACUUGCAGAGUUUCCCGAAAACUCCUGAAAAGCACUCAAUUGCUUUUAUUGAGUUGCAGUCAAUCUCUGGAGAUGGCAACCAUGAAAAGGGUGCAAGAUUGGAUGCUACGGCGAUACCCGGGACUGAUGCAUCUUCUCCUCUUCGUGGUAUUUCAUUGCGGACACGACAGAAGCAGGUGUCAACGGCUGCACCUGUGCCACAAAAUCAUGCUUUGGAGUUUGAACCUUCCCCGAGUUCUAAUGACAAGUCAGCCAAGGAUACACCGGCCUUGAACCGUCUUCCAGUGGGCAAGUCCUUGAUUGAACGACUACGUGCUUCGCAGAGGAACCCAAAAGAUGUGCAACCAAAGGACAAAGUAAGCUCGGCGCAGUCGCAGCUGGGCUACACCGAUUUCGAAGCAGACGACGCGGAAGAUGCUCUCCCAGAAGAACCAUCCCAUCAGCCCUCGAAUGCUAUUGAUUUGGCUUCUCGUACUAAAACUCAGGACCCAUAUCAAUCCUCCCCGUCCACUAAAUCGAAUCUCGAGCAUAACGCUGACCUGGCGAGCAAGCCGACUUCGACUUCGUCAAAGGAAGGCCACAAAUUUGAACCUCCACGCAAGAGGCCCAGGCAUGAUCAACAAGGCCAUUCUCAAGCUAGUAAAAUUCCAGCCAAAACGGGACUCAAGCGCAGGACGAUCAAAGACUCUAUGGCGCUCCAGAAUGAGCAGCCGCAGAAGCCAUCCAAAUCCGCUCCAGAGGCAGCUGAAUUCGACCUCCCGCCUUCCACUGAGGAGGCAUCCCGUCCAACGAAGAAAGUAAAGACGAAGAACUCCAAGGCUCCGACGAAGGCCUCCCUCAAAGAAUCUGCAAAAAUGAACGGGCAGAAUGUUCAGGUUGCAGUUUCACCAAAACAGCAUAAGCAAAAGGCAGUUAAAAACAAGUUGACCAAGCCUUCAGGAAAAAAGACUCAGAAGACGGCCGCCUCAACGAGGGUCAGGCGAGUUGCGAAAACACCAAAAUAUAUCGAAGCAUCUGAUGAAAGUAACAAGGAUAGUUCAGGGGAAGCCUUCGAAGAAGAAGAGGAGCCAGAAGAGCACGGAAGCCACGACAUUGCUGAGGAGUGUGCUGAAGACUCGCUUCCACUCAGCAAAGGAGCGCUGGAAAAUGCUCUUAAAGCCUCACAGUUCAGUUUCGAAUCGAAUAUGCGAGAUAUCGUCGACAGAGACAGCACUGACAGGGAGGACCGGCCAGCAGAAAGAUCCCCCACGCGAGACCCUGUAGAUGAGCAAGCAGCACCAACGCCCAGCUCUGUGACUCGGUCAACCGGUCAUGAACAGACUCCAGUGAGGAAGGAGAUGCAUGUCACGAAUCCUCCGGGCGCAGAGGCUGUCUCCGAAGACAACCAGGAUUCAAUGAACGAUGGUCAGCAGAAAUCUACUCCUCGGCGCAAUACGAAACGACUGAGUGAAAGUUCGAUACCUCCUGUAAGCGAGAAGCUACUCCGCAAGACCAAAAUCGUGCACUUUGGACCUCAUGGCCCUGACAAUCAGGUUCUUCCAAAGUCCCCAAUAACGCUGGUCAAGCCCGAAACAACAAAUGAGACCAGCCCGGAGGCUGAACAUUUAGGGUUAGGUGAGGGUGAAGUUGUGCAAGACAUCGACGAGCUUGUUCCAGACUACAGCCCUGAGCAUAUAUCGAGGUCGCGGGAAAUCAAGGAGGCCCUGCCAUCCUUCACACACGAUGGUGGAGAUAUAUCGGAAGAGCUCAUUGGCGGUGAAGAUGCAGACACUAGGGCACUUGCUGGCAACACGGACGAGCAAGUGAUUGAGCAUUAUGAUGAACUGAGGACAAUUAUCUCUAAUGACCAAAAAGCGUCUGAGAGUGUCAUCUCGGGAGCCGAGGAAGCAGCAGACCAGGACUCUUUGCGUGUACCUGACCCUCGGAGCUCGCACAGGACCGAUACACAGCAAAUGAGGCUACAAGGAGCUCUUCCUGCCGACGAAGUGUUUCCUUACUACGCUUCUGGAGCCAAAGGGCCUCAAAAUCCUCAAGAGCCGACACGUCAAUGCGUCGGAUUCAGCUCCAUCCAGGACCAGCAAUAUCCCCGAUCCCCAACGGCUACCACCAGCGAACUCCAGGCCGGUCAUCAGACAACCGCAAUGGAAGAAGUCAGCAGAAGCCGUACUUCAUCUACCGUCCCCUUCCCAGUCCCUGAAAGGAUCAUGAGGUCUAAAAAAUCUGAGCGGACCCAUGGGUCAGCUGAAGUCCUUCCAGUUCCUGUUUUGCCAGCCGUACUUGCGGAGAGAGACAAUAUUUACCGUAACACUAUCAAGUCAAGGCAGGCAAAUCUGCUGACCAUUCCACAGAGAAAAUGCGAGCCUCCUACGCCGCUCAUGCAACGUAUGAUGGAGCCCAUGGGCCCACCUCCGCCACCGACUGUCCCGUUCAGGUCAGUCGACGAGGCUCGUCCUCUUCGCAAAUCCUGGCCAGCAGCACAGGUGGAUAGGCAGACAGCUCUGCUUCAAAAGCCAAUGGAUGAGCCACCCGAGCCAGUCACCGCCGGCCCUGUCAGGGUGAAAAAGAGCCUUAGUCUACCACUGGCAGGCAAUGAACCAGUGCUCGAACCCGACCUCCCUCCAGCAACGCCUGCCUCUUUCUCUACACGCCUUAACUUGCACUUUCUCCUUGCUGACAACGUGAUACCGGACAACGAAGGCUUGAAGAUGAUGCACGAUGGAGAUACGGGUCAAAAUGUCGGUGAUGACAGCCUGACUCUUGUGAAGGGCGACGAAACGGCCUUUGGAAAUCGUUUAGAUCGAGGGUUCGGGCUAGGACGGGAACAAAGAUCUGAAUCUGGAGAUGAUAGCCCUGUGAUGACAUCCCCUUUGCACAAAACGGAUGAAGGCGUCAGGCGAGGCGACUCGAUGCUGGGCAUGAUCUCUGCCCGUGAUUCUCAACGCGGGCUAUUAGACGCGAUCGUCAACAUAACUAAUGAUGUCCUGUUCCGGUUCGGCGCAGAAGAGGACGGCGUCAAAGCAAAAGUUGACCAGUAUGAUUGUGGGGGAAACAAAGUCAUCCAAACACUAACAGACACAUGGGAUCAGCGUAUGGGUCACGAGCGCCGCAUCUUGGGAGAUACGUUGAAGUCUGAGAAGGAGGUUCUCGCUACAGCGCUUCAGCUCGUGGAAGACGGACAGCAAUCUGGUGGAGCAUGGAGGGAGACUGUUUAUAAUCAGGAGUUGGCCGGAAAGAUACGGGAGAAGAGGGACAUUCUCGUCAGGAAGAUUGAAAGGCUGAGGAAUAGAGGUUGA